UUAAAAUCCAACCUCAAAAACAUUUAAGUGUCAGAAAUUGGAUAGUUGAAAAACAAUACAAACAAUUAAGGGUUUCAUAUAAAUAAUGGCUAAGGGCAAAGGCUUUUACAAACCAUAUUGGGCUUUAUGUGUUUUGCGUGUGUUGCUUGUCCUUGUGCCUCAUACAGGUUAUAUCCAUCCAGAUGAGUUUUUCCAGACGGUGGAGGUUUUGGCUGGGAGGAUAUUUGAGUUGGAUGUUAGUUUACCAUGGGAAUUUAAUGUCACUGCUCCUGUGAGGAGCAUAGGACUUCCUUAUUUCACUGUUGGCUUAAGCUAUAAAAUCCUACAAACCUUAGAUAUAUUUACCAGGCUAUAUAUGAAUUUCAAUUUCAUAACUCCUUACUAUCUUUUAGUAUUCCCAAGAAUGUUUAUAUGCUUGUUAUCAUUCCUAGUUGAUUAUUCAUUGUACAAAUUGUGUGUGAUCAAUAGUGAAAAAUAUAAAUCACGUUUGUUGAUAUUGUCAAGUUCAUUUGUUAUGAUUAUAUAUGGGACUCGUACAUUUACAAAUAGCAUAGAACUUAUACUGUUCGCUUUGUUGCUUUAUUAUGUUGGGGAAAGUAUGAUAUUCUCUAAUGUUGUUCUAAGGCAGAGGGAAUAUAUAAAUAAAAGAUAUCAUAAAACAAAGAAUCCCGUUGAAAGAGCUAAAUUCCAUAAAUUAAGAUUGAUUCUUACAUCAGAUUCUUAUAGGAAUUGCUUUCAAAUUGCAACUAUAUCAGUAUUGGGAUUCUUUAACAGACCAUCAUUUUUGUGUUAUGCUUUAUUCCCUCUGUUCUUUUGGCUGUACAGAGGAAUUGGUUAUAGAUCUGUGAUGUCAACAGAAUUCCAUAUAAGAAUUAUGUUACUUAUUUUAUCUUCUACUGUUACAAUUGUAUUUUUAAUUUUAGUAGACUCAUUCUUUUACGGGUACAUUUCAUGGGGCGAGAUAGGAAUGUUAGAUGUAUCCAUAAACAGUUUUGUAUUCCCUCCAUUAAAUUUUAUUAAGUACAAUAUAGAUAGUAACAAUUUAGCUAGACAUGGCCUACAUCCAAGAUACUUACAUUUUCUUGUUAACAUUCCUCUACUAUUCAACGUGUUAGGAGUUUUAGCGUUAUUCGGUAUAGCCAGUUUAUUAAUUAAGCUUAUAAGAGGAAAGUACAAUCUACUACCAACAGUUAGAAGCAUCAAAGGUUUGAUGACUGCCUCUUUCGUAACACCAACAAUAUUAUUAUCCCUGUUUCCACAUCAAGAAUCCAGAUUUAUAAUUCCCAUUAUUCUUCCGCUGGUAUAUCUUCACGCUUUCGACAUCUACAAGGAACCAGAUCACGCUUUGAUCAAGGCUCCUAAGAACACCACCAACAAGAAAGAUUUAACUGAGAAGAAAAGUAAUCAUAAAAGUCAUUACUUACUUAAAGCUUGGUUCAGUGUGAAUGUUUUAUGCGUUCUUUAUUUCGGCUUCAUUCAGCAAGGCGGAGUUCUGCCUGUCACCGCUUUUCUUUCCAACGAAGUGAACGAUAAACCCUAUUACAACUAUCACGUAGUAACUAGUCACAUUUAUAGCAUUCCCCAUGCAUUCCUUUUACAACCUGACACUGAGAAAGUAUUCUACAAGAACAAAUCCAAGUACCAAAUUUCCAAGCACGUUUUUACUUACGAAAGGGGUUCCAAGGAUACGACGAUCCUAUUGCGCGACAUUUCCGCAAUUCUGAAUACAGCCAAUAACAAGGCACGACGAUACCGGAUGUUCCUGUUGAUAUCCGGUAGUUUACUUGAACAAUUAGAGCAAGCUAUGAAGAGUCGCGAGUUUUCGCAGAUUUACAUGAAGAAUGUUUCGAAUUUCUAUCCCCACUUCAGCGCCGAAGCACUGCCAGAUUUCUCUGAAUUGAUACACAUCCUAAGCGUGAUGGACAUGAAAAGUUUAAAGUACGAAAUGAUCACGAAGUGCUUGAUCAACAUACUUAGAUCAUUCAGUCUGUCGGUGUUCGAAGUGAAAUUAAUCAAACCGCAAUCGAUUUAAAAACAAUUUGUAUACAUUUACAUAACAUUUAUUUGGAAUAAAAUGAUUUAUAUCAUCGACAUACUUAAUUUACAUCAAUUACCCAAGAAAUACAUUGGCCUCGUUAAGGUUGUUAUACAAUAUACGUGAAGAUUGUAAUUUGCACUUCUUGUUAUGUAACGGCGAU